CUAAAGAGAAUAGCACAACUGUUCGACGAAGAGGAAGUCUGCCAGAAUCUUGGAAGCAUGGAAUUAAUGCCAAACCUGAAAAUAAAAGUGCAUCGGUAGCUGGAAGUAAUUAUCUGCAUUAGUUUCGCAACCGUGAAUGCUUGUCAUUGAUUCUUCAAAACUUACUUCCCCCUUCACGAAACCUGCACUGUCCUUCCUCAUUAGUUUCUCUCUGCGGAACGUGUGAACUUAAGUAGUGACUAGCGCUAUUCGGCGGCUGUAUGCGACGAACACUCAGAUUACACGCGCUGGACCAAGAGAGCGUGUUGGGGGCUUUAGGAUUAAAUUCUACUUUGGCUCAGUCCGCAAGAAUUUUCCCAUUGUGUCACUGGAAUACAAUCACAAGAGGAAAAACGCCAGAAAGAUUAAUUGCAUUUACUUGAGAUUUUAAUGUUUAGGUUUAAAUAUCUUAAUAAACAGGAGUAGAUUAGGCUAUGUUCUGUUAUCUAAAUUUGUGAUUAUUCAUACGAUAGGAAGAUAAUAUGAAAUUCAACGGGUACCUGAAGCUCAGGAUUGGGGAGGCGGUGGACCUUAAGCCAACAUCCACUUCUCUCCGACACUCCGUUAUGUUUAACAAAACGUCUACAUCUCUGGAUCCCUACAUUUUGGUCAAAGUGGACGGAUGCAAAAUCGGACAGACGCACACCAAGCAGAAGACAAACACGCCGACUUACAACGAAGAGUUUAGUCUCAACGUCAACGAUGGAAGGAAAAUUGAACUUGCGGUGUUUCACGAUACCCCGAUUGGAUAUGACGAUUUCGUUGCCAACUGUAACAUUCACUUCGAGGACCUGAUCAAAACGUCCAACACAGAGGAAACCUUCGAAGGAUGGCUGGACUUGGAGCCUGAGGGCAAGGUGUACAUUGUGAUCUCUCUCACCGGCUCCUUCGUCGACGACGACGCCGUGGGAAAUGAGAGGCAGUUCAAGCAGUUCAAUCGACAGCGGCAGGGGGCGGUGCGGAGGAAGAUCCAUCAGGUCAACGGGCACAAGUUCAUGUCCACCUUCCUGCGCCAGCCCACCUUCUGCUGCCACUGCAAGGAGUUCAUCUGGGGGGUUUUCGGCAAGCAAGGCUACCAGUGCCAAGUGUGCACCUGCGUGGUCCACAAGCGAUGUCACCAGAAGGUCGUCACAAACUGCCCCCGAAUGAAGAAGCCAGCCAAGGAGGAGCCCACUGCCCCAGGCUUCAGCAUCAACGUCCCUCACAAGUUCAACGUCCACAACUACAAGGUGCCCACCUUCUGCGACCACUGUGGCUCGCUCCUGUGGGGAAUCGUCAAACAGGGCCUGCACUGCAAGAUCUGUAAGAUGAACGUACACAUCCGCUGCCAGGGUAAUGUAGCGCCUAGCUGCGGUGUCAACAAUGUGGAGCUAGCCAAAAAGCUAGCAGAGAUGGGACUACAGCCAGGAGGACUCUCAAAAAGAAACUCUGUGGCGAACAGUGUCAGUGAAAGCCCCUCCAGGAGCAACAGCUCGAGGCCGGAGAGCAGCAGCAGGGACUCGGAGGUGCCGACCCGGCGCUUUGGGAUCCUAGACUUCACUUUCCUGCAGGUGCUGGGCAAAGGCAGCUUCGGGAAGGUGAUGCUGGCUCGGCUGAACAGCAUGGAGCGCGUGUUUGCGGUGAAGGUGCUGAAGAAGGACAUCAUCCUGCAGGACGAUGACGUGGAGUGCACCAUGACGGAGAAGAGGGUUCUGUCGCUAGCAUGCUGCCAUCCCUACCUCACGCAGCUCUACUGCUGCUUCCAGACCUCCGACCGUCUCUUCUUCGUCAUGGAGUUUGUGAACGGGGGCGACCUCAUGUUCCACAUACAGAAGUCUCGGAAAUUUGAUGAGGGACGGGCGCGAUUCUACACAGCCGAGAUCACCUCCGCCCUCAUGUUCCUGCAUUCUAAGGGCAUCAUCUACAGAGACCUGAAGCUGGACAACGUGCUCCUGGACAAGGACGGCCAUUGCAAGCUGGCCGAUUUCGGCAUGUGCAAAGAGGGGAUGUUCGAAGGCGUGGCUACUGGUACCUUCUGUGGCACCCCGGAUUACAUCGCCCCGGAGAUCCUGCAGGAGAUGCUGUACGGGCCCUCUGUGGACUGGUGGGCGCUUGGCGUGCUGCUCUACGAGAUGCUGUCCGGCCACGCGCCCUUCGAGGCUGAGAACGAGGACGACCUGUUUGAGGCCAUCCUCAAUGAGGAGAUCGUCUACGCUUCCUGGCUGAGCACCGACGCUGUGGCCAUCCUUAGGGCUUUUCUCACCAAGAACCCGCUGCGACGGCUGGGCUGCGUGCCUUCUGACGGUGGGGAGAACGCCAUCGUCAGCCACUCCUUCUUCAUGGGAAUUGACUGGGAGAAGCUGAACCGCCGGGAGCUGGAGCCCCCUUUCAAACCCAGGAUCAAAACGGCAGAGGACGUGAAUAAUUUCGACCCGGACUUCACUCGAGAGGAGCCCACUCUCACGCCCAUCGAAGACGCACUCAUCCCCUCCGUCAACCAGGAGGAGUUCCAGAACUUCUCUUUCACCUCCUCAGACCUGCUGGAUGCCUAGCGCUCCUGUACCCCUGUCCCUCUCUCCAUCUCCAUCCCUUUCUUCCUCUCCUUCUUUGUCUCUGCUUAAGCACUCUCGCGGCCUCCGUGACCGAGCGCGCUCUACCCACAGACUGACGCGCUGUAAGUUGGGCGAGCAGCCUUGCGCGUGGCCUUGCUCACAUCCUCAGGCGUGUGGAGCCGUAUGGAGCAGGGGAUACUCCCACACCGCGCCCCACCGCGCCCUGCGGGUGGCUCUCCGAUAUGAUCCCAUCGUCGCAAGGAGCCCGGAAGUCUGGCUCCCCGGGUGGAAGGUCUGAGAGAGCGGAGAUGAAGUGAUACUGCACUCCAAACCCUCUCUCUCUCUCUCUCUCUCUCAGAACAACCGUUUCAUUCAAGAACCCCAUAUCUUUCAGGACUCAGAAUCUCUUUAUCUCCACCGUUUCAAUUUUAUCUUCUUUUUGUUUUUUUGUUUUUUUAGUUUGAACUUGCCCUGCACGUGUCGGAACGUCGUCAGUGAAAUUCGCAUUCAGGAACUUUGAAACGAUGGGAGGUGUGCGAACGGCAGAGGGGUAUUCUGCUACUCAUGUGCCUGCCUCACCAAACGGGCAGAGCGCUAAGUUGAAGUGCUCAUGUCAAGUGUAUCCCUUCACUAAUGGCACCGAAAAUAAAGUGCACGACUAGGAAUUUAGUGCAUAUCGUAGCCCUGCACGAAAGGAGCUCUCCCGGCCUCAGCUCACCACGCCACAGUGAGUCAGAAUAGGCAGACCCCAGGAGACAUGGUGGUUGGGCGGUGUCUUACUGCCAAUACUUCCUGUUAACGACAGCCCACUUAUUAAAAUCCCUUGGAAGGCCUUUGUGAAAUACUUUUCCAGUGAUGUACUUCUCCAGGCUGAAUGACUAACUUGAAUAGAAAAAGGAUAUGAGAUUCCUUGACCGUUCAGCCUGUAGGUCUCUAUGAAGGCAGGAUAGGGAGGGAAAGGAGAAUUUGUUUUAGACCCCGGCUGUGCAGUCUUGUACAUAACAGUAAACUGUAUUACUUCAGUGAAGGUAGUUUUCCAUUUGUGUCUGUAUGCAUUUUUGGGGCCUUGGAGUCACGGACUCCCAGUGAUCUCUUAGGAUCAUGCCAUGUGGGUCUGUUGAGCUAUGCAGGUAGUCUGUAAUUUUCCAUUCACUUCCAGAUGCUUCCGUGAGCAGCUGCUCAAACCCGAGCCAUCCAGUAAAAUCUUAUUCAUUGCUGGCCUAAAAGCAUUGCUUUCAGUUACUGCAAAAACCCAGAGAUUCCACCUUAAUGACCGAUUCUAUCCCUGCGGAUGGUAUGACUUCUGCACAGAGAAGGACUGAAAGAUAUCGUGCACUGACUUCGAAGCUGUUGCCUAUAGUGAUACUGACAUGUAAACACAGCCUGCAUUUGGUUCAUUCAAACUUCAAAAGUAAGAAUGGCUGAUAUGCGAUAUACAGUACAGUUCGUAUGUAUUUGGACAGCAGGUACAAUUUCUGUUCAUUUGGCUCUGUUGUCCAGCACAAUGGAUUUUAAAUUAAACAAUAAAAGGUUGAGGUUGAAGUGCAGACUGUCACCUUUAAUGUGAGGGUAUUCAUGUCCAUAUCAGGUGAUAUAAAAGUCACAUCCUUUUUUUUUUUUUUGUCCCCCCCCCCCCCAUUUUAGGGGACCAAAAGUUAAGUGUUCCAAGUGCUUAUUUAUCUUACUUCUUUGCCUCAUAAUGGCUUCCUUGACUGUCAGUGGCACAACUCUGGGCCUCAUGUUAACAAAUGGCAAUAACAGACUCCAAAGGCCUAGAAUCAAGACUAGAUACUGAAAGAUUUCUUAUACAUGCACCGAGGAAGCGAUUGAAUACACCUGAUUAUUCAGAAGCAACUGAGAGGCCAACUGUCUAAUUACUUUUGAUCCCCUAAGGGGGGGGGCUAUGUAUAAAAAGGCAUGUGAUUCCUAGAUGCAUCACCUGAUAUGGACGUAAAUAAAUGUCAAAAUACAUACUAACUGCACUGUAGUGGGAGAGACAAGCAGUUUCACCUUAUUUCAAAAUGUAAGCACCUUCAGUACUCUGUCAAUUGUAACCAUGGGUAGGUUAAACUGAGGGGAAGUACUUGAUUGUAAAAGAAGUAAAAUGGGUACAAAACAAGCAAUAACUAAUUUAUUUAUUUGUACACAUUGCUCAUCUGUAAACAGAAUAAUGCACUGUCGUUAAAGCCAUGUCAAUAAAUGUGAAUGCCAUGAAUCUGUUUGAACUGUAUCAAAGGGGAUAGUUUUUCAGGUAUUAUUGUAAUCUAGCCGAGUGUACAUUAGCUUUAUUACUCUUCAUUAUUCAAAAGACAUGAACGUAAAGUGGAAAUAGGUAAGGACAUUGAGGCCUAUCGUGAAUGUACAGUAGUAGUCCUUUUUACCCACUCUGAUGGCUGUUGACUUGUAGGUCUGUACAUAAUUGUGCUUUUACAGUAGUACUGGCGAACUUGAGCACUGAAUCAGUUGUCUUGUGAGAGACACUGUUGGCCAUGUCCUGUUUGUGUCCUGUGCAGUGAGGCACUGGCUUUGGUUCUGCUGAUUGGCCUCUCCUGCUGCAGGCGCAUUGGCGAGCUGGGCUGUCUGUAUGCACUCCAGGUACUGCUGAAAAAGUAUAAAAUACACAAAGUAAAUAAAGAUGUAAUUGAUGACA